AUGGCCUGCUGGGCCAGCCAGAAGAAGGUCCAGCCUCAUACCAACCCUCCCGCCCCGAGUCCUCAGCUAACAUUCCACCUCUUUGCAGACGCUCUCCACAAAUCGCGUCUUCUCAAUGUCGAAGAGAAACCUUUCAAGCGCAUCUCCAAACGCCUGCUGAACCCUGACUCCCUCGUCGUUGCGAAUGCCUCCCAACUGGUCACCCCUCCUCCCGAAGAUUCCCACCCCGACGCGACCGACGGCCCGGAGCUGAAAAGGCAGAAACGCCUCGAGGAAUGGCGCAACUUUCGCGAAGACGUGACCCUCGACUUUGCCGCCUUUGAAGGCAGCAUUGCGCGCAUCCAGUUUCUGCUCACGAGUAACGAGCAGGAGCGCCAGCGGUAUGCGACGGAGAAGCUCCGGAUUCUCGAGACCAUGCACUCCGUCCGCGAGAACACCAGUGAAUUAAGAACGACCUUGGAGGAGGCACAGCGUCUGCUUGCCUUGCGCAAAAGCUAUGAUGAUCUCGCAGAAAAAAUUACGAGCAAUCGCCUGCUAAAGCCGCGUGAGGAUCAACAUGCCAGUCUCCAAAAGCUCGAGUCAGAAAUCACAGAACUAGAGAAAGAGAGCAAGGACUAUGCCAAGACAUGGGCGGAGCGGCGAGAACAGUUCGGUCGGAUCGUGGAAGAGGGGAUGCAACUCCGACGACUCAUUCGCGAUGAAAAAGAAGAGGUCGAACGACGGGAGGGUAUGCAGGAGGGCGAGGAUGGGGAUGAAGCCGAUGCCGGAUCCAAGGGCAAGCUGACGGCCGCGAACAGCCCACGACCAGAGGCCGACAGCAUGACCCCGUCACAGCACAGUCAGGACGAGUCGGGCAGGUUACAAGUCGACAAGUCCUUUGGAACUGUCCGAUCGGCCUCACCCCUGCGCCAGGCCGUCAGUGCCAAUGGCAACAAGGCAUCCCGCGACCAGGAAGACACAAACAUGGUGGAUGAAGGCGAGGUCACAGCCGAAGACGCUGCUGAGGAAUCUGACGAACUUGAAGAGGGCGAGGAGUUGCCAGAUGAGAAGAUGGACACCACAUAA